GCAGAUGCUCAUCAAAGGAAGGGGCCGAUAAGGUGCAGCUGCAGCUUUAUGUUGGUGAAAAAGUUAGUAGUAUUAUCUCUUAUAAUAAAAAAGAGAGAUAAGUGUUUAUGCAGUAACACAAAAAAUACAUGACUCCUCGAACUUGCAAAGUUGAAGUCGUAUAUAUUCUUCGAUUGUUCUUGUUUUUAUGCAUAUAUUCUGUUACAUCAUUGAAGACCAGAUAUAAAACGUCGCUACUUUUCUAAUAAGUAAAGUUUAGAAGAAAGGCUCCAAAAAAUAAGAUAGUUCUCGGCGUCAGUUAUGUUGUUGAGAUUUCUGAUGUAUUGGUGAUUUUUACUGUAUUCACUAUUAAAUAUGUUUAUAUAUGAAGAAAGUAUGCUUGAUUUUUUCAAGAAUUGGCAAUCCUUUUUUAAUAUACUUUAAUUGAUGAAUUUCAAAAUGGCAUUAUAAUUUAGGAUAUGCCAUUGUGAAAACACAUUGAUCAAAGCAUAUGAAGAGAUUACAGCUAACCCAUUUGUUUUAUCUUUUCCAAUAAUAUGGUGAUGGCAGGAAACGAAAAUGCGCCAGGUGCUUUGGCAGAUGACGCAUUAUCCGCAAGACUACAAUGGCUACGUCAACGUCGAGAAGCCUUACAAGAGAAGCUUACUCAAAAAAAUAAUGAGUUGAAAAAUUUGUGUGUAGAAGAGGCGGAAAUAACAGGAGUUUUACCUCCAGAAAUACCUCUGGAACCUGGAGAAAGUCCUCCAAUUUUUCAUAGGAAAGACGUUACACUUAUAUAUCCACAAAAAUCAGUUAAUAUACUGAAGACAGCUGAUGUUGAAGAGUCAGAAUUGGAAUUGGAGAGGCAGGUACAACUUGGAAUUGUAGAAACUGCAUUGAGUAUUGUUAAUGAUACUACAGAGAGCAAAGCUACACGACGUAAGCACAGACUUGCUUAUCAGCAAAGUCAGCGACGACUGCAAGAGCUAGAGACAGAAUUGAACUUUAUAAGGCAGAGUCGUGGAAAAGCCCAUCGAUCAGCACAGUUACCAAUCCAUACGGCAAAUUAUAAUACGCAAUCGCAUUUGCACGUUAAUGUAAAACACAGGACGAAGAAACCACGACCACCCUUAGAUAGUACAGGAAACGAAGUAACUACUCCAAAAUUUGCUGGAAGAGGUAUACUCCAUGAACCUGGUAUUAGUCUGAGCCCAAUAGGAUCUGAAGACAAAUAUAUUCUGGACAAACCCAACACCUAUUCCGGACAUAGCUACGAGGAGCAAUCGAAUGUACCGAACAUCUGCAAUCAUCACAGUAGUACUUAUCCCGGUGCGAGUCCUGUCGAUCAUCCAAACAUUAAUAUCGUCGAGCAUGAUCACAAUGAUAAUCACAAUAUUUAUAUUUUGCCGGAUCAAUACCGUGCUCGUACAUAUUCUCACGGAAGCGGUGGGUCCCGUGGCCACUAUCCAGAUACUGAGAGAACUUAUCGACCUUACGUGCCCAAUACUUAUACAGAGGACGAGCGUCAAAUGCGUUAUCGGCAUAUCCAGCAUUUGCAACAGAAGCAACAGCAAUUACAAGAGAGUCAUAGGCCGCAAUAUAUAGGUUCCAUCGAAUACAAACACUUGGAUAACGCGGAUAUUGUACGGAGAACGAGCCAAGGAACUUACGAAAAAGAUUUUCGCACGUCACAUUAUACGCCUAUCACUGAUUAUCAGAUUUAUUAUAAAAAUAGUUCGCAAUCUCAGCAGCCUUUAUUGAGGCGAGAUCGUGAUUCGUCUUCAUCUGCUGGCAAGAAUGUCCCGCGACACAUCGGAAUCAGCAGUGCAUCGAUCGAAACACAAUUGCUAUCUGGCUACUGGGUACGUCACAACGACGAUAUUCAUUGGGUGAGCAUUGACGAAUCCGAUAGAUUCGGCAGUCUGGAUCGUAGACGGCGAAAUGCUCAUCAUAACAGCUGUGGUACAAAUUCGGAAAUGCAAUCACGUUAUCGCACAGUCGCCGUGACGGGCGUCAAAGGUUCGCCCACCAGCAGCAACAUUAUCUCCUCAUCCCAUCAGCAUCACUCUGUUCAUCUAUUACCAUUAGCUGAACAACAAAUGCCGUUGACAAACAAUAACCACAACAAGAUGCUGCUACGUACGCAAUCUUUGGGAAGUGUGGAGACGUGGCAGUCGAAUUAUUCUCACGAUUCACACGACGGCAAAGACGCGGCCGUGGAAUAUGUUAAUAAUAAUAAUAAUAAUAAUAAUCGUAAGAGUCGUCAGAAGGAAUGGUACGAAACAUCUGUGGAUUCAGGAGCGAGUGCGAGUUUGGAUCACAAUUUGAUUGCUACCCAUAAGAAUACGCUUGCUUAUCAAUCGAGUCCUCCACCAGUUCGUAUCAAGACAGUCAUUAAUGAAAAUGGGAGGGAUAAUCAAACGAGCAGUGGAUCGCUGCCUAAUAUGAGUCCGGUAAAUCAUCACAAAAGGGAAAAGUCUGAGGAAUGCCGGCAACACACAGUACAACCGCACGUUCGUUACGAUCAGUCUGCAACAAGACCGAAAGUGCUGGAGAUACCGGCCGAAUCAAAGCCGUCUUUGGAUGUUUGUGAUGAUGCGAUUCGACCGCCAUUGGGUUCACCACAAAACUGCACGGUUGUUCAGCCGGGGAAAUAUCAGCCAUACAGAGAAGUAACGAAGCCCUUCGAGAUGUCGGAUUUUUACAAAUAUUCGACGAAAUUCCGCAAAAGGAACGAAGCCGUUACGCAAUCUCAAACCGGAAACGAUUCUCCUCUUCAAGAGAACUAUCACACGGAAAUUGGUUCCAGCGAUUUGUCCAGGAAUACCAAUACUUACAACUUUGCACAAAACAUCGAUAACAUUACUGCCAGUCCAGUGCAAAGAAGACUCUAUCAGCCUGUGCAGCGUAUGACUUGCCAACCUUAUCUCUCAUCAUUGAGAUAAUCGCAUAAAAUAUAGAAAGAGAGAAAGAGAAAGAACUCAUUACUGCAAUUAAUUAUCACACACACGCACAAAAUUUAAUUGAAGAAAGGCUAGUCCUAACGAGAAAUAUUUCUUCUUUAAUCUUAAUGCACUGAUAUAUAAGACAUAUCAUACAUAUAAAUAAUAAAAAUUUAUAAUAAUUUGGCAAAUAUGGUCGAUAUUGCCACAAAAUUUUUUCAAUUGCAAUUGAUUACGUUGCAGGAUAAUAAUAAAAAUUAUGUCGAUUAAUUGACUAAUAUUGGGACCUAAAUAGUGCCUUUUAUUGCUUAAUUGAAAUUUCAAGUGGAUAAGAAAUAAUAUUACAAAAUAUGUAUAUUUUGAAAUUAUAUAUCUUAAAUUGAAAUUGGUAGCUUUGCUAAAGUUAUCUUCCACUUGCUAACUUCUAUUAUAUUGUAUUGAUAAUUGUGUCAAUAUUAAAUUAUAUAUAUAUUUUCUAUAAACAAUAUAAAUGAGAUGAAAUUUUGGAGAAAAGAUUUUGCGAAGAUUACUAUUAACAAGUUAUUACUAUUGGUUGUUAGAUGCUUCUUCUAUAUAAACACGUUUAUUAUAUUAUUAGGUGAGAGUCUAUAAAUUUGUUACAUGCAGACUUGUAUUUUUAGGAAUUUACUCUAUCAAUAGUCUGUCUCUUAUGACUGAACACAAAAUGUGUAAUGUGGUUUCAUAUAGUUUGAAAGAAAUGAUAAUAUUCUCAACAGUUCUAUGUAAAAAAAUCAGAAAAGGAUAUAUGUGCAUUUAGUUUUAGAACAAUGACAAUACACAAAGAUAUAUAUGAAUAAUAACAUAUAAAUUGUUCAUAUGUUAUAUAUGCCUAUAUAUUAUAUUUUAUCGCUCGGCCUAUAACAUUAAAAAAAAAAUAACAUAAAUCUCUCUCGCUAGAUUUUGUUUACCACAAUGUGUUCGCUGGAAAUAAUUUUAUAUCUAAUUAAGUAUAAACUUAAUUCUCGCAUUGGACACGUUAAUUAUGUGUUAGCGUUUAUUAACGCGUAAUAACAUUAUAAUUAUCUUUUUGGAAAAGCUUAUUAUAUAUAUAUAUAUAUAUAUAUAUAUAUAUAUAUAUAUAUAUAUAUAUAACUAUAUAAUUCAUAGUUUAUUAAAACUAUAGAUAUUUACUUAAUUCAUAUGCUGAAAAGAACUCCAAUCACAGAUGUAGAAAGUAACAAACAGAUAUAGCCUUAUAUUAGCUGUGAUUAUUUAUAUAUUGCGUAUUGCGUAUACUAUUUUUAUAAAAUUUUUUUGUAAUGCUUUAUACAUCAGUUUUUCACAUAUCAAUAAAAAAUGCUAAUUUAA